AAGGUCUGUUUUCCCCCUGUGCAUUAUUUUCAAACUCAGUUCAGUCAAGAGCAUGGCUGGGAAGCGCAUGUACGUUUUGUGUGGAUUACUGAUUUUCAUUUCAAUCCAAAGGACUGUCUCUGUUUACGAGGAAGAGCUCCAUGCCAGCUACUGGAACAACAAAGGGAAGCAAGCUCUUCAUACUGCUCUCAACAUUCAGCCUAAUCUCCACCAAGCCAAGAACACCAUCCUCUUCCUUGGGGACGGUAUGGGAGUAACAACAGUUACUGCUGCCCGCAUUCUCAAAGGCCAAAAGGCAGGACGGUCUGGAGAAGAGACCAGUCUGGUCAUGGAUACCUUCCCUCACCUGGCAUUGUCGAAGACAUACAAUGUAGACCAACAAAUGCCAGAUAGUGCUGGUACAGCCACUGCAUACCUAUGUGGAGUGAAAGCCAACUAUGGCACGCUGGGAGUCACUGCUGCCACUCCAAGGUACAAUUGCAGUGCCACCUAUGGGAAUGAAGUCAAAUCUGUGCUUUAUCGAGCCAAGCAAGCAGGGAAAUCAGUUGGGAUAGUCACUACCACCCGUGUUCAGCAUGCCUCUCCAGGCGCAUCAUACGCUCACACCGCCAACCGAGGUUGGUACGCUGACUCGGAUCUCUCCCCCGAGGCUGUUGCGAACGGCUGUCGAGACAUUGCAUACCAGCUUGUUCACAACAUUGAGAUCAAUGUCAUACUUGGUGGUGGUCGAGAGUACAUGUUUCCCAGAGACAUGCAAGACCCAGAAUAUCCCAGCGUUAAAGGAGAUCGAAAUGAUGGACAAAACCUUAUUGUGGAGUGGCUCAAGAAUAAAAAGAAGGCUAAGUAUGUUUGGAACAAAAAACAAUUUGAUGAUGUCAAUCCUGCCAAAACAGACUUCCUUAUGGGUCUUUUCGAGCCCAAGGACUGUCGCUAUGAGAUAGAGCGCAAUCCGUUAAGCGACCCAUCCUUAACUGAGAUGACCGAGAAAGCCAUCAAGAUUCUGAGCAGAAACCCAAAGGGAUAUUUCCUUUUCGUGGAAGGGGGGAGAAUAGAUCACGGCCACCAUGCCGGCAGGGCCAUAAGAUCUCUCACUGAAGCUAUUGAAUUUGACCGAGCCAUCGGGCGAGCAGCCGAACUUACAAAUGAGCUGGACACGUUGACUAUAGUCACUGCAGACCACUCACACGUCUUCUCGAUUGGUGGACAUUCAGCCAGAGGAAACCCUAUUUUAGGGGUAUCGCGCGGAAUCGCUGAUGACAAAAAGCGCUUUACUCUCGCUGGAUAUGCAAAUGGACCGGGAUACCAGUUUUUCAAUGGAACUCGUCCAGAUGUAAAUGAGACCAUUGCAAUGGGUAAAGAGUAUCGUCAACAGGCUACAGUCCCUCUGGACUCAGAGACUCACGGCAUCGAGGAUGUGGCUAUAUAUGCCAAAGGUCCAAUGUCCCACCUCUUCCAUGGGGUCCAGGAACAGAACUACAUUGCCCAUGUAAUGGCUUACGCAGCUUGUCUGCCGCCUUAUGAGGACUGCAAACUCAACCAUCCUAACCAUGCUGCAUCCGUCUACCCGAGCCUGCUACUCCUCCUCAUUGGCCUAACUAUUUUCUCCGUCUCCUCAUCAUAAUUGGGCCUGACAUCACUUGUUGUUCCAACAAUAUUAUGGUUGGGCUUCUGCCGAGUGGCAAAAGCCACUAGCACUGCCAUUUAAGUAAUUUGUAUUUAUUGACCUUAAAAUGAUUGUUUGUUGCAGAUUCAAAUUUGAUGUUCAAUGUGGCCUAACGCCAUUGCCUUCAGUACAUUUUUUCAAGCAAUGUUGUAAUAACUUCUUCACAUAUUUUUAAUAAAUAUUAAAUUAUAUUACAUUCAUCCAUCUAUCCAUUCUACCGGAGGUGACUUCAGGCAUGAGGUAGGUACACCCUGGACUGAGACCAAUCGAAGGCAAAAUGUAGAGAAACAACCAUUUGCAUUCAAAUUCACACCAAAGGACAGUUUAAAACAGGGGUCAACAACCUAUUAAAACUGAGAGCUACUUCUUUGUCACUGAUUAAUUGAAGGUUUUAUACACACUUUUGAAAUAAACAGAUUUGCCAAAAUUACCU